AUGGCAAUACAUAUAGCAACAGUGGAAAAUUUAGCUGCAAAAUACAGACAGUGUGGAGAUACAAAAUCUGACAUGGAUAUCAUCACAAAGUUACUUGAUAGAAUUCCAGUAGAGUAUUCCAUGGUGCAUAUUGCUAUGUCACUUGCUGGCGAGGAUAGACAAAAUUUAGAUACAGUUAAGAGGCUGUUACUCAGCGAAGAACUCAGGCUUGGUCAAAUACAUAAAGACAGCGGAGAAGUUCUGUAUAUUAAGAAGGACAAGCAAGCUAAGAAUCCCAAAACAACCACUGAUAGUCACUCUAAGAAUAAAAUUGAUAAAAAAUGUUUCAAAUAUGGUCAGACCGGUCAUUUUAAACGCGAAUGCUCAAAACGCAAGGAUUGA